AUGUUGUCCUCCGCCUCAAUCGCGCUUGUCGGGCUCGCCGGUCUCGCGGCCGCGCAGUUCCCGCCCACACCCGAGGGGAUCAAGGUGCUGAAGUCCAAAUUCCACGAAAAUGUCACCAUUUCAUACAAAGAGCCUGGUAUCUGUGAGACCACGCCCGGGGUCAAGUCGUACGCCGGAUACGUGCAGCUACCCUCAGGAACGCUGAAUGACGUCGAUGGGGAAGCUCAAGACUACCCAAUCAACACCUUCUUCUGGUUCUUUGAGGCGCGCAAAGCUCCAGAAAAUGCUCCAUUGGCAAUCUGGCUCAACGGCGGACCGGGAGGCUCCUCCAUCAUGGGCCUCCUCGAAGAAAACGGCCCCUGCUUCGUUAACGAGGACUCCAAGACGACUCGUCUGAAUCCGUGGAGUUGGAACAACGAAGUGAAUCUACUCUACAUCGACCAACCGACUCAGGUCGGAUUCUCCUACGAUAUCCCAACCAAUAUUACCAUCCACGCCAACGAGAACUUCGAAGAGAACGGACCAUGGGGCAUGUUCCCCGCCAACUUCAGCGAUGGUGUACCCGAGGGCAACUACACCUACCGGUACGGCACUGCAUCCAGCCAGAAGCUAUCGCAGACAUCGAACACCACGGCGCAUGCUGCGCACGCUCUGUGGCACUUUGCGCAGACGUGGUUCUUCGAGUUCCCUGGCUACAAGCCCAUUGACGACCGGGUCAGCUUGUGGGCCGAGUCAUACGGAGGACACUAUGCGCCUGGUAUUUUCCGACACUUCCAGACGCAGAACGAGUUGAUCCAGAAUGGCUCAUCGCCCGAGGAGAAUGCCCAGUAUAUCCACCUUGAUACGCUUGGAAUCGUCAACGGGCUCAUUGACCUGUCGAUCCAAGGUGAGACGUGGAUCACGUUCCCGUACAACAAUACCUAUGGAAUGCAAAUCUUCAAUGAAUCGGUUUACGAUGCGUUGAUGCACAACUGGACCCGCCCAGACGGUUGCAAAGACCGAAUUCUCGACUGCCAGGAAGCCCUCAAAGAACAUGGACCGCUAGUCACCAACGGUGUGAAGAAGAACUACACUGAAAUUUGCGGCGACUUCCUUACCGAGUGCGGCUUCAACGCCGUCGAAAUCUACCAGAGCAAAGACGAUGGAAGGGGCUGGUAUGAUAUCGGACACAGCAAAUAUGACCCUUUCCCGGCCCCGCACUUGUACGGGUACCUCACUGAAGGCGAGGUUUUGUCGUCUCUCGGCGUGCCUGUGAACUACUCGGAAUCGUCCGCGGCAGUGGGCAUCAGCUUCCAGAAUACCUUCGAUAUGAUCCUGGGUGGAUUUGGAGAGUCAAUCGGGUACCUCCUCGAUAGCGGCGUCAAAGUUCACAUGAUGUAUGGAGAUCGCGACUACGCCUGUAACUGGGUCGGCGGCGAGAAGGCUAGUCUGGCGAUCCCCUACAACCGAUCGAUAGACUUUGCCAACGCCGGGUACGCCCCGCUCAUCACCCCCGAUGGUGUGACGGGCAUGACGCGCCAGUUCGGUAACUACAGUUUCUCGCGUGUCUACCAAGCCGGCCACGAGGUGCCGUCUUAUCAGCCCGUGACGGCGUACGAGAUCUUUAUGCGGGCGACGUUCAACCGGGACAUCGCGACGGGACUCAUCCCCGUCACGGACGAGCUGUCGACGAUCGGCGUCAAGGACACGUGGCACAUCAAGAACAUCCCGCCCAAGGAGCCGGAUCCGAUUUGCUAUGUCCUCAAGCCCGAGACGUGCCCCGAGGAUGUGUGGAAGACGGUCGAGGACGGGACCGCACUGGUGAAGGACUACUACGUGAUUGACGCUACUCGAGAGAGUCAAGGCCAACAGAUUUCCGAGGAGCUGUGA